AGGGUGCGGCGGCAGAUCUGGCAAAUUGCGAGCCGCCUUCCCUCCUCAAAGUGUGGAGCAGGAGCGCGGAGGAGCGCGACGACGGCGGCGCCUCCUCCGCCACCAAACUCCGGGGGCUUGGGGCCACCUCCUCCUGCGCCUGGAGAAGCCCUCUCCCGAUAGGUUCCAGCCAGACUCCCCCCACCCUACCCUUUUUCUUUCUUCCUUUUUUUAAAGAAAAAAAAAAAAAAAAAAAAAAAAAAAACAACAACACAUUUUUUCCUGGCUUCGGACCUCAGACUGCUGCAGCCCGAACCUUCCCAGGACUCAGCUCUUUGGAGCUGCCCAUUCCUCGGGCUGCGAGAAAGGACGCGCGCCCUGCGUAGGGCGAGGAAGAGAAGCAAAACUUAUCGGAAGGGUUUCGGCAUCAACCUCCUUCCUGCAAACCUAAACCUCCUGCCGGGGCCAUCCCGAGACCGAGGAAAGUUCCUGCGGAGCCGACCAUCCCUAGUGGAUCUGGAGCUGGCAGCGGCGCAGGCUGUGGAAUUAGAUCUGUUUUGAACCCACUGGAGCGCAUCGAGGGGGCUCGGAAGUCACCGUCUGCGGGCACCCGGGUGGCUUGUUGUUCAGUGUCGGGUGAGGGCUGCGAAGGUGGCAAGUUGCAAAGACAACCCCGGAGGUCCGGAGAGGGCUGCGCUCCUGCUGGCUCUCGCGUCUUCCCCCUCCUCGGCUCCCUGCUGUGAAAUCCCAGCGAAAUUUACAAAGGCCUCUGGGUCCUGCAGAGACCGAUCCGCAGCGCUUGACCCAGUCGCCCCUACCGCUUCGGGAGCCCCCGAGCACCGGCGAAGGACUGGCGGGCGGGGUAGGGAGGUGGCGGCGGCGGCAUGGCGAGGUUCCCGAGGGCCGACCUGGCCGCUGCAGGAGUUGUGCUACUUUGCCACUUCUUCCUGGACCAGUUUCAGUUCUCCGAAGGGAAGCCCGGAGACCAAAUCCAUGAUUGGCAGUAUGGAGUUGCUCAGGCCUUCCCUCAGACAGAGGAAGAGGUGGAAGUCAAUUCACACACAUACAGCCAUGGGUGGAAAAGAAGCUUGGACUUUCUCAAAGCGGUGGACACGAACCGAGCGAGCGUCGGCCAAGACUCUCCUGAGCCCAGAAGCUUCACAGACCUGCUGUUAGACGAUGGGCAGGACAAUAACACCCAGAUUGAGGAGGAUACAGACCACAAUUACUAUAUAUCUCGGAUAUAUGGUCCAUCUGAUUCUGCCAGCCGGGAUUUGUGGGUGAAUAUAGACCAAAUGGAAAAAGAUAAAGUGAAGAUUCAUGGAAUAUUGUCCAAUACUCAUCGGCAAGCUGCAAGAGUGAAUCUGUCCUUCGAUUUUCCAUUUUAUGGCCACUUCCUACGUGAAAUCACUGUGGCAACCGGGGGUUUCAUAUACACUGGAGAAGUUGUACAUCGAAUGCUAACAGCCACACAGUACAUAGCACCUUUAAUGGCAAAUUUCGAUCCCAGUGUAUCCAGAAAUUCAACUGUCAGAUAUUUUGAUAAUGGCACAGCACUUGUGGUCCAGUGGGACCAUGUACAUCUCCAGGAUAAUUAUAACCUGGGAAGCUUCACCUUCCAGGCAACUCUGCUCAUGGAUGGACGCAUCAUCUUCGGAUACAAAGAAAUUCCUGUCUUGGUCACACAGAUAAGUUCAACCAAUCACCCAGUGAAAGUCGGACUGUCCGAUGCAUUUGUCGUUGUUCACAGGAUCCAACAAAUUCCCAAUGUUCGAAGAAGAACAAUUUAUGAAUACCACCGAGUAGAGCUACAAAUGUCAAAAAUUACCAACAUUUCGGCUGUGGAGAUGACCCCAUUACCUACAUGCCUCCAGUUUAACAGAUGUGGCCCCUGUGUGUCUUCUCAGAUUGGCUUCAACUGCAGUUGGUGUAGUAAACUUCAAAGAUGUUCCAGUGGAUUUGAUCGUCAUCGGCAGGACUGGGUGGACAGUGGAUGCCCUGAAGAGUCAAAGGAGAAGAUGUGUCAGAAUACAGAACCAGCGGAAACUUCUUCUCCAACCACCACAACCAUACGAGCAACAACCACCCAGUUCAGGGUCUUAACCACAACCAGAAGAACAGUGACUUCCCAGCUCCCCACCAGCCUCCCGACAGAAGAUGAUACCAAGAUAGCACUACAUCUAAAAGACAAUGGAGCUUCUACAGAUGACAGUGCCGCUGAGAAGAAAGGGGGAAGCCUCCACGCUGGCCUCAUCGUUGGAAUUCUCAUCCUGGUCCUCAUUAUAGCCACAGCCAUCCUUGUGACAGUGUAUAUGUAUCACCAUCCAACAUCAGCAGCCAGCAUCUUCUUUAUUGAGAGACGCCCAAGCAGGUGGCCUGCAAUGAAGUUUAGAAGAGGUUCUGGACAUCCUGCCUAUGCUGAAGUUGAACCAGUUGGAGAGAAAGAAGGUUUUAUUGUAUCAGAGCAGUGCUAAAAUUUCUAGGACAGAACAGCACCAGUACCGGUUUACAGGUGUUAAGACUAAUAUUUUGCCUAUACCUUUAAGACAAACACACACACACACACACACACACACACACACACACACACACACAAACAAGCUCUAAGCUGCUGUAGCCUGAAGAAGACAAGAUUUCUGGACAAGCCCAGCCCAGGAAGGGUAAACAAAAAACUAAAACUUAUACAAGAUACCAUUUAGACUGAACAUAGAAUUCCCUAGUGGAAUGUCAUCUAUAGUUCACUCGGAACAUCUCCUGUGGACUUACCUGAAGUAUGACAAGAUUAUAAUGCUUUUGGCUUAGGUGCAGGGUCGCAAAGGGAUCAGUAAAAAAAUCAUAAUAAAGCUUUAGUUCAUGAGGGAUCGACACUCGAUUCAGAUGUUCUCUGAUGUCUGAAAGAUAACUGUUUUCCAAAGCCUGAACCUUUUCACUCAAAAGAGCAAUGAUGAAUGUUUGAAGAUGGCUAAGAAAAACAGCUCAUGCAGGAGUGAAAACAAACACAAAUAAGAGAUUUUCUAUAUUUUCAAAACAAAUGUGUGGCAAAAGGAUGAUGUUUUUCUGGUCUAGAUCUAUCUGUACAAACAAGUUCAUGACUCUACAGGAUGAAUCCUUUUAUUGAUACAGGAGGUUCAGACUAUGUCUGUCUCUUCUUUGGUAAUGAAUGACCUUUUUAUGAGCUGUGACAAAAUUUCCAAACUUUUAGCUAAGGAUCUGGGAAGAGGGAAUGGGAAACAGGGCUUUCUGUACUCCUGCCUCAGUAGAAACAUCUGAUUUAUGCUUUAUGGAAGCCUUACCUCCAUUCCCCAACUGAGAAGUCCCAUGAAACCACAGUUGCUCUGGGCUGACGGAAACAAAAGGAAACAAUAUGAAGAGUUCCUUAAUCAUUUUUGAAACAAAAAUAUUAAGGGAUUUUAAACUUGGAGUUAUUUUUCAUGUUAUGCCGUUUCUGUACUAAAGACCCAUUUCAUUGCCGAUUCCUGUCUCAGAAGCCAUUCACGUCAGCAUGGCGAUAAAAAGAAUGAAAAACCCUGCUGAAUCAUACAGUAAUUUUCUUUAAAGCACAUAGUUACAUAAAUAUAUAUAUAUAUAUAAAUAUAUUUUUGUUUAUAACUAACACAAGGCAGGAUCUUGUGACUCUUAAGAGUGCAUUUUGCCAUCAAGACAAAACAGAUGCAGGAUGCAUCGCUGCAUUACUUCCAUAGAGUUGUAAAAUAAUCCUUAAUAUUAGAAUAUUUUUCUGUCAUUCAGCAAAAGUGGUUCAGUCAUUGCCACACUCAUCAUGUUCUUGACUAUUUGAUACACUUUUUCAUUCAUGUCAACCCCUUCCCUCUCUGGCUAAAGUGGAUGCAGAAAGUUCCUUAAAUGGAGCUAUCUAUUGCCCUGGAAUCACAAUCCUGACUUUGAAGAUUCCCAUGAAUGAAGAAAGGAAAGGCAUCCCUUGAGGAGGAAAGUGGUUAAUAUAUAUACUGAGCUCCUAAAGUCCAAAUUCAGGUACUGAGUGUACAGCUUCACCAACAUCCCAACCAAAUGAAACGUUUACACUCUGUGCCAAGAAACUGUUAGCUUUUGAAGGUACAGUGCUCAACAAUUUGCAGAUUCAGGUCUCAAGAAGCAGAGAUGUUUCAUAAACAGCAUUUUCCUAGCAGCUUAGCAUCUGUAUACAUCUGCCUUGGACAUUAGUCCACUCACAGAGUACCGUACUUGAUCAUCACGAGUGUCUGACCUGAACCAAUGCCAUUUUCUAUUCCAAAUAUAUUGCUUUACAACUUUAAGUGUUUGAUGAAGGUGGUAACUUUUUCCUAAGCAACUUAGUUAAUUAUUGCAAAAAGAAAAUUGAAAAGCAA